AUGGAUGCCAUAACAUUCAGAUUUUUGAUGAGCUUAGCAGCGUCUCAAAAUCUUGAAAUGUAUCUCAUGGAUGUUGUGACAGCAUAUCUAUAUGGAUCUCUUGAAAAUGAGAUAUAUAUGAAAAUCCCAGAAGGAUUAAAAAUGCCUGAGGAUUUGAAAUCAAAGGCUAAAGAGAUCUGUUCGGAUUACGUCAACAAUGCGAUAUGCCCUUGCGUAUUCAUUAAGAAAUCCUCUUCAGGAUUUGUGAUUAUUGCUGUAUAUGUAGAUGACCUGAACAUGAUUGGAACUCAAAAGGAAAUUGAUGAUGCAAGAACUCAUAUGAAAGAAGAGUUUGAAAUGAAAGAUCUUGGAAAGACAAAGUUUUGUCUUGGGCUCCAGAUAGAGCAUUUCCAAGAUGGUAUAUUUGUGCAUCAGUCAAAUUACACUAAAAGAGUGUUAAAACGCUUUUAUAUGGACAAAGCAACUCCUUUGAGUACUCCAAUGGUUAAUAGAUCUCUUGAUGUUGAAAAGGAUCCAUUCCGUCCUUGUGAGGAUAACGAGGAAGUGUUAGGUCCUGAAGUACCUUACAUGAGCGCUAUUGGUGGACUAAUGUAUCUUGCAAAUUGCACUAGACCAGAUAUAGCAUUCGCUACUAAUCUGCUUGCAAGAUAUAGAUAUCUAUCAGAUCCACACAAAGCUAGAUCACAAACAGGUUAUGUUUUCACAAUUGGUGGAACUGCGGUCUCCUGGCGUUCGCAAAAGCAAACUUUGGUUGCAACGUCUUCAAAUUAUGCAGAAACUAUUGCUCUCCAUGAAGCAUGUAGAGAGUGUGUGGCUCCGGUCUAUGACUCAUCACAUACAAGAAUCAAGUGGAAUAUCAUAGAGAAAGAGCCAACAAAAAUAUUUGAAGACAAUUCUGCAUGUGUCACACAACUCAAAGAAGGUUAUAUCAAGAGUGACAGAACGAAGCAUAUUCCUCCAAGAUUUUUCUCAUACACUCAAGAACUCCAGAAAAAUCAAGAAGUGGACAUCGAGUAUAUUCGUUCAAGUGACAAUGCAGCCGAUCUUUUUACAAAGGCGCUUCCUACUACAGUGUUCAAGAAGCAUGUUCACAGUAUGGAAUGCGUCGUCUACAAAACUUGUGAAAAGAAAAGAUUCUAUCUUUUCCAGGGGGAGAUUAUGCUACGGUACUCUUUUUCCUAA